AGAGAAAGGGGGCGAGAGGCAGGGGGCAAGGCAAGAACAACUCCCCUCCCGACACACACACACACACCCCGAGCUCCUUUCCAAACCAAACUCUCUCUUCUUGAUUGAUUGAUCCACUUUGAGCAACAUUCUCUCUCCCCCUCUUAAGUCCUGCUUUCGCCUUGGAGGUUUGUCUCAAAGCAAGUCUUGCAACAGUUCCAAGCAAACUAGAGAUUCCCCCCCCCUUCCUAAAGGAAACAAGACAGCCCCCCUCCCCUCUUCCUCCCGCACACAAGAUCUCUCUUUAAGGGGGAAAUCUUGGCAAUCCGGAGAACAGGUUGAUCUCGUCCGCGAAGUGCCAAAAAGGAGCCGAGAAGGAGACGAGGGCAAGGCAAGGGGGCCAAGAGGAGAAGAAGAGCGGAGAGAAGGAAGAUCGGGCAAGGAAGGAAGGAAGGAAGGAAGGAAAGGAGGAGGGAGGGGGACCCUCCACAGCCGCAUCCACAUCCACAUCCACGCGCGACGAGGGAGAGUCGGCAAGCGAAAGCAAGCCCCGCGAGCCUGAGGAAGAGGAGUGCGGCUGGGGAAAGUACCGCGAUGCCAAGGAGGAAACAGCAGGCACCCAAACGGGCAGCAGGUUAUGGCCAAGAGGAUGAUUCGAAAGAUGAAGAAGACAUAAAAGAGGAGGAGGAGGAGGAGGAAGACAAUGAGAGCAGUUCAACAGCUCAUCCUCAGGGUAGCAAUGAGCCAGGCACAGAUGAAGAACAUGAUAUUGGACCUGAUCCAAAAGGCAGCUUUAGCUACCAAAAUUCUCCAGUAAGUCAUAUCUCCAACCAGGAUGCUGAAAAUGAAUCACUGCUAAGUGAUGCUAGUGACCAGGUGGCAGAUAUUAAAACCCUUUGCUCCAGAGAGGCACAAGACUCCAAAGCCAAUGUCCACCCCAAACAUCCAAAUGAAGCACACAGCUGCAUGGAUAAAAUGACAGCAGUCUAUGCCAACAUCCUUUCAGACUCUUACUGGACAGGUUUAGGGCUAGGGCUCAAGCUGUCCAACUCUGAGAAGAAGGGAUGUGACAACAGAAAUGGGGCGAGUAAAAGUGACUUUGAUUGGCAUCAGGAUGCCUUGACCAAAAGCCUGCAACAAAGCUUGCCAGCCAGGCCAGUCUGCAAACCAAACCUUUUUAGUUCAGUCCAGCUCUACCGACAAAGCAGCAAAAUGUGUGGAACUGUAUUCACAGGUGCCAGUAGGUUUCGCUGUAGGCAGUGCAGUGCUGCCUAUGACACUUUGGUAGAGCUUACCGUCCAUAUGAAUGAGAGUGGCCAUUACCAAGAUGACAACCACAAAAAAGACAAGCACAGGCCUACUAGCUACUCCAAGCCCCGGAAACGAGCCUUUCAGGACAUGGAUAAGGAAGAUGCUCAGAAAGUUCUGAAAUGCAUGUUCUGUGGUGACUCCUUUGAUUCCCUUCAAGAUCUAAGUGUUCACAUGAUAAAAACAAAACACUACCAAAAAGUGCCUUUGAAGGAGCCAGUACCUACCAUUUCUUCUAAAAUGGUAACUCCAGCUAAGAAACGUGUAUUUGACAUAAAUAGGCCUUGCUCUCCAGACUCAACCACUGGGUCAUUUGCUGACACCUUUUCCUCUCAGAAGAAUGCAAAUCUACAGCUGUCAUCUAACAACCGUUAUGGCUACCAGAAUGGUGCUAGCUACACGUGGCAGUUUGAAGCAUGCAAAUCACAAAUACUCAAGUGUAUGGAAUGUGGGAGCUCCCAUGACACCUUGCAGCAACUUACCACACACAUGAUGGUCACAGGUCACUUUUUGAAAGUCACAAGUUCAGCCUCAAAAAAAGGAAAGCAACUUGUUCUAGAUCCACUAGCUGUAGAAAAAAUGCAGUCACUGUCUGAGACAUCAGCUAGUGACAGCCAACCUUCCAAACCCUCUAGUAAUGUAUCAACAGAUUCUACGGCUCCCACUGUAGAGUUAAAGAAAGAGGGCAAACAAAAUAAAUCUGAGGAUGUGAACAAAGAGGAAAAAAUGGUGAAGAGUGAAGAUUAUGAAGACAUGCUUCAAAAACCUCUGGACCCUACAAUUAAAUAUCAGUACCUUAGAGAAGAAGAUUUGGAAGAUGCUUCAAAAGGUGGUGGAGAUAUUUUGAAGUCUUUGGAAAACACUGUCACUUCAGCCAUCAAUAAAGCUCAGAAUGGAGCUCCCAGCUGGAGUGCUUAUCCUAGUAUACAUGCAGCCUAUCAACUCUCAGAAGGUGCAAAACCUUCCUUGCCAGUGGGAUCCCAGGUUUUGCAAGUUAGGCCAACAGUCACUAAUAAGUUGAGACCUAUUGCUCCAAAAUGGAAGGUUAUGCCUCUAGUUCCUGUUUCGGCUAACAUGGCCCAAUGCACUCAAGUGAAGAAGGAAGGGGAUACCAAGAAAGAAGUACAGCAGGACUAUAUGAAGGAAGGAAACAAAAUUGAUCCUGCCCCAGUCUGUCAGAAUGAAGAAGAAUCUCCCCCUCAGACUGAGGUGUGUGUAGAUUCCAAAAAAUCAGAGCCAAGUCCUUUGAAGGAGGAGAACAAGGCAAAAGAAGAUGAGGAGAAAGAAAAAACAAAAACAAAGGAGUCAGUGACAUCACUUCUCAGUAAUGGAUGUGCUUCUAACCACUCCUCAGAGCUGCCUUGUUUAAACCCUCUGAGCGCUUUGCAAUCUGUACUAAACAAUCACUUGGGCAAAGCGAAUGAACCCCUAAGACCUCAGCCAAACUCCAGUCCGAGUGCUGGGUCAGUCUCUAUUUUCCACAAACCUACUCUGAACAUGAUUGAGAAGCCAGUUUUAUCUCCUGCCCCAACACCAAAAAAACCUGCUAGGCGUUAUGUGUUUGAAAAUAAUGAUCAGCCAAUAGACCUGACCAAAUCCAAAAGCAAGAAGGAAGAGUCUGUUCAAGCACAAACUUGCACUUCCCCAUCUCAAAAACAUGCACUGUCUGACAUCGCAGACAUGGUCAAAGUUCUUCCCAAAGCUACAACACCAAAACCUGCUGCCUCAUCCAGAAUCCCAUCAAUGAAACUGGAAAUGGAUGUAAGGCGUUUUGAGGAUGUCUCCACCGAAGUCUCCACCUUGCACAAAAGAAAGGGAAGACAAUCCAACUGGAACCCUCAGCAUCUCCUUAUUUUGCAAGCUCAGUUUGCUUCCAGUCUCUUCCAAACAUCAGAAGGUAAAUAUUUAUUGUCAGACCUGGGCCCUCAAGAACGUAUGCAGAUCUCCAAGUUUACUGGACUGUCCAUGACCACCAUCAGCCAUUGGUUGGCCAAUGUUAAGUACCAACUCAGAAAAACUGGAGGGACAAAAUUUUUGAAAAACAUGGAUAAAGGCCACCCCAUCUUUUAUUGCAGUGACUGUGCAUCUCAGUUUAGAACCCCAUCAACAUACAUCAGCCAUUUAGAAUCCCAUCUAGGUUUCCAAAUGAAAGACAUGAACAAGUUGGCUGUGGAGCAGCAAACGAAGGUAGAACAAGAAAUCUCCAGAAUUUCAGUUCAAAGGUCUCCUGAGACAAUAGCUGGAGAAGAGGACACAGACUCUAAGUUCAAAUGUAAGUUGUGCUCUCGGACAUUUGUGAGCAAACAUGCAGUAAAACUUCAUUUAAGCAAAACACACAGCAAGUCGCCAGAACAUCAUUCACAGUUUGUAGCAGAAGUGGAUGAAGAAUAAUUCCUAAGGUAUGCAUGCCUUAACUACAAAAUCUGUUUUAUUAUUGCAUUUCUCAAAGGAGGGCACUAAAAGCACCUCUAUUUUCUUAAAAAUAUUAUGGUCAAGGAUGCGAGUUUCUUUGCAGGCCGUGGCUUCUGUGUCUGGAACUGUUGCAAGAUGGGAGAAAUUUAAAAUGUCCAGCUGUUUCAAACACUGCAUUUCCAUCAUGGGAACAGGCUUCCCAAUAUUACCUUGCUUGGUGAUACUGCAUUUACAGACACAGGAACCUCUGCCAAGAAAAGGUUUGGCAACCUUGUUUAUUGUUGACACCAUGUUCCCAUUUAGCUAACCAGUCCAUUAAUCUUGUAUUUGAAAAGCAGAGCAUGCUGAACACUCUAAUGGCUUCUACGGAAAUGGCAUUUGCUUGUAAUAUUUUAAGCAUCCACAUCAUCUGUUUGUCCCUCAUCUGAGCAGAAGAUCAGGAGUCACUACAAAACAAAUGUCAGUGGCAUGUGUUUUCAGUGUCCAGUUUCAGAUAUGGGAUUCCUCUGAUUGAUAAUUAUUUCCUCACAGUUACAAAGAUUUAAAUGUUGUUUCUGCCUUCAUUUUCUACUGUUAAUAUUUCAUCUGAUAUAUUUCUAUAACUGGAGUGACAAAUCUUAAGCCAUGAGACUAUAUCUGGGAUUCCUGAAUCACCAGAACUUUGUAGUUCUCCAGAUAGUCAUGUUCCUUUCCCAAUGAAACCAUUGUUUGGUGGUAUACCUGCUUUUGUAUGGCUUUUCUUCACUAUAGUAGAACCUCUUUAUCCAGAGUUUCAAUAUCUAGUUUCACUUACCCAUGCGCCAAAAAAAAAUCCAAUUUCUGGAAGAAUUUGUGAUCUUCUCUAAGUUCUCCAGUGCUAUUCUAUGGCAUGCUUCUGGAUCAAGUGCAGCCAAUAAUCCAUGGGUUCAGUUAUCCAUGGGGGAUGGUUUUGAAAUGUGUCAACUAUAGCUAUAGGGAUCAUACUGUAUUCUACACAGUUGAAAUGCCUCGUUUAAGGCUUAAUUACUGACAGUAAAAAUAUGAAGUCAAUUAUAUCAGUGUUUGGUUCCACCUGCAUUUUCUUUAGUCCCUCCCAACACUAGAAUGUAGCCCCAACAAUAUCUCUGAAACUGAAUUUAGCCCUUGGGCAGAAAGUUUCCCCCAACCUUGUCUAUAAUAUAUGGAUCAGGAGGAAACAUUGACAUAUCCAAGAUUCUUGGGUAUAAAGUUAUGACAAUGGUCCACAAUUUAAUGGCAGAGGAUCUAGCCAAGUUCAAUCCCAAGUUCAAUCAUGGUCAUCUCAACCUGAAGUGUUUUAGAAAUCAAGGCUGGAAAAUUUAAACUAAUGACUAUUCAAAGUCAAUCUCCUUUCUUGCACUUUGGUGUUUCCAGAUGUUUAUAUUUUCUUUUUAACUGGAGCACACAUCUGCCCUUGCCAGAAAGAUCAGGAUAGUAGGAGUGGUCAUCACCUGAAGGGACUUUGGUUAGAAUACACUAAGGUAGGGACUCUCAUUUGAUGACCUGAAAUGCUUUUUCAAGAAAUUAAUUACUGGCAGAAGUAUCUUAAAGCAAAAUAUCCUUGUUUUUUGGUUCCCACUCUUUUGCAUUUAGAAUAAUUUUCAAUGGGAAGAACCCCUCCUCCCAAUUUUUAAAAUUAAAUCUGCUUUUGAAUGGAACCUCAAAAGGUUCAGAUUUUGAGCUGAAAGCCCUUCAUUAGAUGUACCCAUAUCUCAAUAUAAAGAAAGUGCAAAUCUUCAUAUGACUUCUCAGGGCAGAGAGGGAUAAUUCUUCUUUUGUUCAAAGGAAAUCAUUAAUUAAUCUGUCCUUAAAAGACUGUAAAGUUACAAGAAAAUCUGUAACCAAAAACACACACCUACCAACGGAAAGAAGAAGUACCUGCUCUGGCUUAAGGAGAUCCCUUUACAACAAACAGAAGGUGCUUGCUAAGCAAGUAAAAAAAAGGAAGAAGAAGCGUACAUCUAAAAUCUGUUCCAAAUAUGCCAGUGAAGCAAGGAGAAGGGAAACCUGAGUUAUUUAUUUUAUACCGCUUUUCUAUAUCUGGAGAGGUGCAACACAAAAAAAGUAGAAAAGUUAAAAGAUUUUAAAAUGUUAUAAUAAAUAAAACCCUUCGCAAGCUUGCAUUGCAGUUUCUUUCACUUCUGGGUAUAAUCCUCAGGAACGAUGUGAACGAUGUGUACAAGACCCAGAAGGGUAGAAAGAAGAAGGGCUCCCACACCACUUCUUUGGGACUUCCAAAGCAGCUUCAUUUAGUUCUCAGUAUCCAAGUGUAUCUUACCCAAGUGCUUAUUAAAGAAUCUGGAAACCCUGGGAAAAACAAGGAUACAGCUAGUGUUAGCCUAUAUUCCUGUGUUAGGGAUCCUAUGCUCCCCUGCAUGUUGUUUCUCUGUAGUGCCCAUCAUUCCUGACCAUGGCCAUGCUGGCUGAGGCUGAUGGGACUUGAAGUUAGUAACAUCUGAAGAAAUACAGAUACCUGCCUACUUGCUCUCCAAAGUGGAACUGUCAUUGUAAGAGUCUAAUUUUCCCCUGAUUACUCCAUUUGUCCUUUCUCAUUUACAUUCCCCUUUCUAUUCUGAAGGGGAGGGUGGUUACUGUCUGAAGUUUUCACUGGCUCAAACUUGAAUAUCCGUAAUUUUUAGUAGCUGAAUUCUCUAUAACUGAAAGGUAACUGAAACUGUUGACUAGACCAAAAUCUAUAUGAUGCACUGAAAACCUGUAUUCUAAAAAAUGGUUAUUUGGUGAUUAUUCUAGAUAAACAUAUGGCAUCAUAGAUUCAUUUGUGUAAUAAUAAACUGCUUUGUCACACUUAAAUGUAUGCAAAA